AUGGCUAGUGUUAAUAAUUUCAAAGAUAAUAUUGAAUUAUGUCUUAUACCCAAACUUAAUAAGAACUUUGAUGAUUGCGAAAAUCACAUUGAAUUUAAAAGUCGUAAUUUAAAGUUAGAUGAACAUUUUCAAAUAGUUUUAAAAAAAAUAGAAGAAAUAAAUUUAAAAGAUUUAGGUCUUGAGUCUGAAUAUAUAUUAUCACACCUUUUAAUUCUAUAUUAUGAGCUUCUGAGCAAUGGCCCAUGGAAUAGUGAACAUUGUUUAAAAUUAAGUCAAAUGUUGAAUAGUUAUUUUGAAUUAUUGUAUGGAAUAAGUCUCACCAAUAUAUUUGUGUAUAAUGAAAUAUUUAAUUACCAAGCCAUAUUCGACAAGUGUGUAGAAAGCUUGCAUAGCAAAUUGACUUCCAGUGACUUCAAGAAAUAUCCUGGGCAAAUUGAAGUAUACAACAACAUAAUAAAAAAUUUAAAAUUAUAUGAUGUUGCUGUGGUUCCAUCAAAAGUUUUACCAGCAUCUCUACUUCUUAUCAAUGAUUAUAUUAUAGACAAUAAAGUCAAAGGAUUACAAUGUUGUAUUUCAGUUUUGCAGUGCUUGAAUGGACGAGAUUUCCAAGAAGGCAAUUAUUAUGACGUUAUUUACAACAGCCUUAAGAAAGUUAUCUCAGAAAAAGAUAUAGAAGUUACAAAAUUGGUAUUUAAAUGUUUUAAGGCUUUAUAUGAUGUUCUUCCAGAAGAUGUCAAGCCUACUAAAGUAGAAGACAUGUAUGUGAAUGUCCUUGAGCAACUUUAUGUUGAGUCAAAUUUGUAUAGAAAAGCGGAAUGUAUAAAUUUUAUCAGGAUAUUGAUAACAAUCCAAAAGAUCCACUGUGCUAGUAGAAGUGUUUUCCUAGCUAUCAUUGGAGACAAUUUAGACUUAUGUUGCAACGAGACAGUGGCUGAUGUACUACUUCAUAAUAUUUUACAGACUCUCAAGGAGUGGGUAAAGUAUUGUUGGUGUAUAUGGAAAUUGUCUGCUGGACAAAAUAUACUCUCGAAUUUAUUUAAAGUAUUGUACACCUGUAAAGAUAAUGAUUUAGCAACUGAGAUACAGAGCAUGAUUAUUAUUUUAAUCAGAUUGUGUAAUGACGAAGAUAGAAAAAACAUUACAAAUGAAUUAGAUCUUAUCAGUUGUACAAUGGACAAUGUGUUUUUGAACAGGAUAAGUACAAUAAAAAAAUAUAUAUUAUAA